CUUUUAUCUGCACUCACUCGCACAUAACUUCUUUGUCAGCCCUAAAACCCCCCAUUAAACCCUCCAUAACCAGCAAACAUUUCUUCUUUCCCCUUCCCAAAUUCUUCCCUUUCUCCAUUGUUGUCUGUUCACUCUUACUUUAAGAGAAAUGGGUCGUUCCAAAGCACCUUCAAAGAAGCCACAACCUCGUGGUGUGGAUUUCAAGAAAUUUAAGAAGAAGUUGGGCAGGAAGCUACCCCCGCCUACUAAUACUACCAAUACUGAAAUUAAAACCAAAGCUAUAAUUCUUCCCCAACAGAGUGUGGCUUUGGAUAAGGCGGGGGUACCUGUGAGCAAGAAAGGCCUGACAUUGAAGGAGCUGCUCCAGCAAACAUCUCAUCACAAUGUCAAAGUUCGUAGAGACGCAUUGCUAGGUAUUAGGGAGUUAUUGCUUAAAUUCCCAGCAGAGUUGAAAUCCCACAAGAAUCCUGUCAUUGAGAAAUUGCGUGAACGUAUUAGUGAUGACGAUAAAGUAGUUCGUGAAGCACUGUAUCAACUAUUUAAGUCCAUUAUCCUUCCAGGAUGCAAGGAGGACAUUCAGGGGGCACCUAUAUCUCUUAUUAUGGCCUAUAUAUUUAAGGCAAUGACGCAUUUAGCAAUUGAUGUUCGCUUUAUGGCCUUCAAAUUCUUCGAUCUUGUGGUUCAGAAUUAUCCUCCAGCCUUUUUUACAUAUGCGGAAAAGGCUUUAGACAAUUAUACAGAUAUACUACAGAAGAACCAAUUCCAUUUGGAGGACAAAAGCAAGCUCAAGUUUGCUCUUUCUUCCCUUGUGCGUUGCUUGUCACUGUUGCCAUCACACAAAAGAGAAGUUCUUUCUUCUGCACAGACUAGCUCUGAGAAAGAAGUACUCCAUGCUUUUGAGAGAGAUGUGCCUAAAGAUUCUACUGGACAUUUUCUGAUCGUUGGUAAACUGAAGGACCUUGUGCCAGUUCUGGUCAAUUGCUAUUAUGGCUUAAUGUCGGUGGCCCACUCUCAACCACUGCUUGAUUCACAUUCUUUUGACUGUAUGCUAUCUAUACUUCAGAGCAUAGAUCUAGUUGUUCAGUACAAUGUCUAUGGCAUCAGCAAAUAUCAACUGGAUCUACAUACUUCGAUGUCUGCAUUUGCAAGCUCAAAGAUUGGUGUACAAGAUGAGAAGUUCCCUUCUUUGAUGUUGGAUAGAUUGUUUGCUGCUUUCCCCAUGCAACCAAUACGUUCUCUUCCUGAAGAGGAUGAUCACUAUGAUCGCAGAUAUUUCGUAUUAAAUGCUGUGAUAUCCCGAAUAUUUUUCACCUUCAACCAGUACAUCUGUCCACUUCCUGUUUUGUGUGAUAGAUUCUUGAGCUUUUUCAAAGAUUGGCUCUCCAAGCUAUAUAGAAGUAAUGUCUCUGAUAAUGCAUUCUAUGACAAGCAUUUUCCUUCACUGGUUCCUUUUAUUCCAAAUCUGGUAUCAACAGUAGAUCAAGAGCACCACCUUCUAAAGGCUUUCACCACAGCAUUUGGAAAUUGCAGUCCAGACUCAUCAAUGAAAAUGGCUUGCCUGGAAGCAAUUGAAGAAAUGCUAGUUCUUAAACAAGAUAUCCUAUUUUCAAAUGCAGGAGACAAAGAAAUACUGGACUGUCAGAGGACUUGGAUUAAUGAGAUUGGGUUACUACUGAAUUUACUUGGCACUAAACAUCCAUCAAGCUCCCGUGCAGUGUUGCGUCUUCUGCUCCGCUUAGGACAAAUUGGAUUAUCAAACAGUGAUCUUGCUGUGGAAUAUAACAAACUACAGGAUGAGUUGCGAAAUUAUUUUUGCAUUAUCACAGAGAAUGGUCAUAUAUGCUAUGGCCCUUUUAUGGAACUUCCAAAAGAUUCUCAAGAGAUUUCUAUUGGUUGUCUCUACUACUUCUCUUCUCUGAAAGCACACUUACUUACCUCACUGGCCUUAUGCUGCUUAUCUGAUUCCUUGGAGUCCUCUGUCUUAUUUCGGAUCAUGGAAGUACUGCAUUCCUCUUACAGAGCUGGUCACAUCCAUGUUGCAGACUAUAUCAGUUUCUUGGUCACUUUAGUUUCACAAUAUGGCAUUAAUCCCGAGGGAACAUGUAGGACAAUGGAGAAAGAGGCUAACCUACUGAUUUUUAGAUCUGUCACUGGACGUGUCUGCUCUUUCCUAUGUCAGAUGGGAGAUCCUUCUCUACUUUUUCAGAUAUUUGAGGAUCUGAUCCUUGAUCUUGUAUCACAAAAAUUACCUACAUAUAAUACUUGUGCAUUGAUGGGAAUGCUUAUGGUUGUGGAUUCCAAACCAACAAGACUUUCAGAGAAAAGCCUUAUUAAGCUUGGCGAUGUUAUUUUGGGCUACAUGAUUGAUGUUACACUUUUGUUUCCAGAACAUGAGGAGAGGCAAAUGGCAUCCAACAGCUUGUACACAUGGCGUGAUUAUCUCCUUCCUUGCUUUUUUCUGUUGGAUAGAAGCCCUGUAUUUCCUAAACUUCUGCUAGAUAAAAUGGGGUCUUUGAUUGGUGAAGCUUGUGAACUACCUUUCUUGAGAGAUACUCAGCUUACACAAGAUCAUCCAAGGAAAAUCAAGUCUAUUGUUUCCAUCUUUGUAAUGAUGUCCAUGGAUACCAAAAUGCGAAGAGUUCUUUCUUCCUGCAAAAAGGACAUUGACAACAUUUUUGGGAGCAUACUCUUAGUGCAGUCCUCAGUGAUGGGCAGCAUGAACAUGGAACAGCAGCACAAAGUACAAGGUGCUGUGGAGAGGUUGAAGAAUCUGAUUAACGAGGUAUCCAGCACGACAUCCUGAGAAAAGACAAUUCGAGUCAAAUAAUACAACUUCCAUAUUAUUCUAUCCUGUUGCGAGGUAUCAUGCGGGAUUCUUUAACCUUGAAAAUUACGGCUAUAUCACGAAAAUUACCAGUACUUGGUGGUAUAUCUCCAUAAUCUUUACCGGAGCCGUCAUGCAUAUGGUUCAAAUAAGAUCGUAGUGUUUAAGCUAUCGACUAUGAUCUGUAGCGGAAGCUAUACUGGGGCGCUAAUAUCAUUGCCAUCGUCGGCUCAAUUUUGACACAAUUUUGUUAGGUAUAUGCAAAGCUUGUCUCUAUGUUUUACACUUAGGUUUGUGCUCACUGUAAAGUUAAAUGUCUUCUUAUACGGAAUUAUUCACUUUUCAGAUGUUUAGACAUUGCUGAUCAUAUUUACUUGGGUUCCCUUUCUGUAAACUUUACAUUAUUAUGAUUGAGCCCUUACAAAAUGUCACAGUAAAUACAAAGUUGGUUUCUGGCUUUGGUUA